AUGGCAGUUCAGGCAGCAGCAGGUAGAUCUUCACAAGGACACACUCCGACAGCACGCAAGAACCCGUCCGGAACCCUACUAAGCAUUUCUGAACACGUCACAGCCGUUUGCUUCAUAGGCAUUCAUGCCGCCUUUUUCGCUGUAUUGAAUAAUCGUCCAGUUAAUACAACAGUUGGCCAGGGCCUCUCAACGGCUUUAGCCAAUAUACUGGCAAUCUUUGUUGAAGUCUCCCUGCUUGGAGGUCUCGGAGUGGCAUACAACCAGAUCCUGGCGAGGUUUCUUAGACAGAAAUCCUUCUACAGUCAGGACACUAAGCUCCGUACUCUUACUUCCAGCCCAUGGAAUCUGUUUCGGCCCAGAGUUCUAGCUCAUAUUCUACAUAUCAAGAGGCUGUGGCUUGUAGGGUUCCUCUGUGCUGGGAUCCCUUUUGCAGCUGUUUUUCCUCCUGGAGCCUUGACGGUCAAAUUCGAGAAUUCUGUGCCUUUGACUAUGAAUGCUGUGCCGACAAUCAAUAUCAGCGAUUAUGGAAAUGGCACUUAUCAAGACUUUGUGGAGAAGUCGUUCUUCGAAAUGAAUGCCGACCUUAGUUACAUGAACCAAUUGAGACCGAGUCUGAAUGCAUUAGCAGCUCAGGUGCUAUCGUCUGGCAGACCAGUCAAGAUUGACUCGCCUUGUGGUGCUUCGUGUGUUUACGACAUCUCUAUCGAGGGGCCUCUGUUCAACUGCCGGGAACUUAGUCGUCACGAUGCUCUGUCGGACGGCUGUUCUGUCAUCUACAGAGCGGCAGAUGAAAAAGACAGCAGUCCUGACGAACCAUACAGCCGUACCAAUAACUCUUUUAAGAUAAGCUGGUACACUGACCCUAGACCAGAGAAUUGCACGUCACGGAGUAAAAAGACCCUAGACUGUUCUAUGAAGUUGGCGACAUACAAUCUUCAUAUCAAUAACUCACUUGACUCAUCUCAGUCUAUCGAUGUGCAGAUUGAAAACGAAAGGGGGAUCUGGUCAGAAAAGGCUUGGAUUCAAACACAAUUCUUCUAUUACUUCUUCUAUGGUGGGGGCAUUACGCCUCGUCUAGCCAACGACAGCCUACAAGCAAAUUUCACCAAUGCUCAAGCAUAUGGAAUCAGCCGGGCUGCGGUGCAUGCUUUACAAGGUGAGGUAGAGAUGUGUGAGUACAGUCCUUCAUCUUAA